UAUAUCAACUCAAUAUACAACUACUUCACAAUGUCGGAAAUAUUACACCAUGAUCAAAUGCAUUCUCAACUUCAACGAGGUCUAGUGAAUGUUGAGUCCCAGUGUAAAUGGUCAUAUGAGGAAAAUGAUCAUUUACUGUGCUGCGGAAAUCCUUUCGAGUGCUUCUCAAGUUCGUCGGUUGACGAAUUAUCUAAGGUAACCGCAAUCAAUGAGCAUAAUCUGAGCAGGAGGAAGAGAAAACUUUGUGAGAGUGUUGAUUGCGAUUUGGGCUCAGUUGAACAACCCAAAGCUAGGAGAAGCAUUCCCAAUGGAAAUUCAAAGCCUAAGAUGGAUCCAAAACCUGAUUAUAUUCAUGUGAGGGCUCGUCACGGGCAAGCCACCGAUAGCCAUAGCUUAGCUGAAAGAGCCAGAAGGGAGAAAAUAAAAAAGAAAAUGCAAUAUUUGCAAGAUUUGGUUCCAGGGUGCAAUAAAAUCACCAAUAAGGCAGCAAUCCUUGAUGAAAUAAUUACUUAUAUUCAAUGCCUACAAAAGGAUAUUGAGUUUCUAACCAUGAAACUUGCUGCUUCAACAAGUGUAGACUUCAAUAUGGACAACUCAUUGCCUGAAGAGCAGCAGCAGGUACAUGUUUCCCAGUGGUAGUGAACACAGAUUGCCAGCAUUAUGGUUCAGACAAAAAUGGUAGCUAGUAAUACGCAUUUGUUGUUGGUUGUUAAAUCAUCAUUCUUGAUGAUCAUACGAAUUAUUGGUUAAAGGAUCAGAGACCCUGUUUUUACUGUCCAGGUUCCGACCUAAGGAGACUUGUUAGUUGUUAAAAUAUAUGUAUUUUUCGUGGAAUCUAUUCAUCAUUUUAUUUCUGUAAUGAGACUAAGACAUUGUUAAAUGAGUUGUUGCUA